AUUGUUGAACGUCAAAAAUGCAAAUGACAUUGUAAAAUUAAGUGUUCUAUCAGCUGAAAGUAAUUAUAAAAUAGCUUAAAUUUUCGAAAAAACGAAAUUGUAACCUUCGUUAAGCACCAAAUUUGAUUCAAGAUAAUUAGUUACGUAUAGUUUUACGUCUCUAGAGCAGCAGCUGAUUAAAGCUGUCGUGUAAGGUAUGGAUCCAUCACAGGAAAAACUGAAGCAAACAUCCUUGGCCGAUACUUCCACCAGCGAUGAGGAACGUUUUGAGGACGCUUCUAGCAAAGAAUUCAACGAAAAAGCAGUAGAUGAAGUAAUUGAAAAGGUUACUGGAGUGAAUGUAAACAAUUCAUCGCACACCAACACAUCAGCCUCAUCGGAACAAACCGAAAAGUUCGUCGAUUGUCGGAGCGAUCCCGGCAGUGAUGAGGAAGCACUGGCAAAAACUGACCCCCGGAAUGAGGACGAUUUUAUCGAUGAUGAGUCUCAGCGUGACUUGGAAAAAGAGCUAACCGAAGAGGAAAAGCUAGCCAACAAGGCAAAAGCAGACGAACUCAAAGUACAGGGCAAUGAUUUAUUCAAACAGGGCGAUUUCGAAAAAUCGGCCACCGUCUACACGGAAGCAUUGCGGAUUUGCCCCGUUCAGUUUUCGGCAGAGCGAUCGAUUCUGUACGCUAACCGUGCGGCAGCGAAAACCAAACUCAGUUUCAAACCUUCCGCCAUCGACGACUGCACCAAGGCGAUCGAGCACAAUCCAAAGUACCUGAAAGCACUGCUCAGUAUUAUCGAAUCCACUUCCAGACGUGCCAACCUGUACGAAGAGGCGGACAAGCUGGACGAAAGUUUAGAGGAUUAUAACAAGAUCCUUGAAUUGGACCCCGCCAACGUGGAAGCUAAAGCAGCCCAAUUGCGGCUUCCACCGAAGAUUCAAGAGCGAAACGAGCGGCUGAAGGAGGAGAUGUUUGGUAAACUGAAGGACCUGGGCAAUAUGAUACUGCGACCGUUCGGUUUGACGACCCAGAAUUUCGAAAUGAAGCAAGAUCCAUCGUCCGGGUCGUAUUCGAUCAAUUUCAAAAGCGGCAAAUAGUUCUUUUUCUUUGUUAGUUUUUGAGUUGAUAAGUGAGUGUCUGUGAGCGUGAGUAAAAUAAACCGUUUCCGUUAGUUUUUCAAUCGAGAAAUAAAAUAUUACGAACAAUU